AUGUGGGACAAAUUAUCUGCCUGUGCAAGUCAGUAUAUCUAUACAGAGGAUGCAAAUGCUGACACAGGCUCCCGAAAGGGAGAUGAAGAGAAUGGAAGCAAAAAGCAAAAAAGCCUUCCAAUUGGAAAAAAGAUCUAUGAAUUCUAUAAUGCACCUAUUGUUAAGUUCUGGUUUUACACGAUCUCAUACCUGGGUUACUUAAUGCUUUUCAAUUAUAUAAUCUUGGUUCGGAUGGAGCGCUGGCCUUCACUCCAGGAAUGGAUUGUCAUCUCCUAUAUUGUCACUUUGGCUUUGGAGAAGAUAAGAGAGAUUCUGAUGUCAGAGCCAGGCAAGCUGAGCCAGAAAGUGAAAGUCUGGCUUCAGGAAUACUGGAAUAUCACUGAUCUGGUGGCUAUUUUAGUAUUUAUAAUUGGAGCAAUUCUUCGCCUACAGAAUCAGCCUUACAUGGGUUAUGGACGAAGUACUGGAUAUCUUUGGUGUGAACAAGUAUCUGGGACCCUAUGUCAUGAUGAUUGGAAAGAUGCUCCUUGUGGAGAUAAUCUUUAUGACGAGGAUGGUAAACGCCUCCCUCCCUGCAUACCUGGGGCCUGGCUCACUCCUGCUAUCAUGGCUUGUUACCUCUUGGUAGCAAACAUUCUGCUGGUAAAUCUACUGAUCGCUGUCUUCAACAAUACCUUUUUUGAAGUGAAAUCCAUAUCCAACCAAGUUUGGAAGUUCCAGCGAUAUCAGCUGAUCAUGACGUUCCAUGACAGGCCUGUCCUCCCUCCACCAAUGAUCAUCCUCAGCCAUCUCUACAUAAUCCUCAAGCGCAUCUGCUGUCGCUGUAAGAAGAAAAGGGAAGGGGAUCAGGAUGAGCGCGACCGGGGAUUGAAAUUGUUUCUGAAUGAUGAAGAGCUGAAGAAGCUGUAUGAAUUUGAGGAGCAGUGUGUAGAGGAAUACUUUCAGGAAAAGGAGGAUGAACAACAAUCAUCAAACGAUGAACGUAUCAGAGUUACAUCUGAAAGAGUUGAAAAUAUGUCUAUGAGGUUAGAAGAAGUAAAUGAAAGAGAGCAUUUUAUGAAAGCUUCUCUUCAGACAGUUGACCUUCGACUUUCUCAACUGGAAGAGCUCUCUAGUCGGAUGGUGAAUGCUCUUGAAAAGCUGGCAGGUAUUGACAAAUCUGAACUGAUGCACACACGCUCACGGGCUUCCUCGGAAUGUGAUACUGCCUAUCUCCUAAGGCAAAGCAGUGUCAACAGUUCUGAUGGCUACAGCAUGUACCGAUAUCAUGUUGGUGGUGAGGAGUUAAUAUGUGAUGUCAGUACUGCCCCCAUGUCACCAGCCUUGGGAUUACACAAAAAGGCAUAUUCUAUUGGUACAAAAGAAGAGAAAAAUGGAGUGGACUCAAAGAUGCAACUGGUUCCAGGACACCAUCGUAGUCUCCGCUAUGCCUCCAGUGCUAAUGCAGUUUCCACUACAGAUAAUGGUAAAGCUACGUUAGAAAUUGCAAAGAAUGUUACUAGACCCCGUUCUGGUUCAGCUGGUUUUGCUUAUGUGAAGCAAGGGAUUUUCAAGAGCGAUGAAACAAUUCCUCAACAUAUUAACCAGUCAAAUAUUGUUAUGAAUGGGCAAUCAGUACCAAAACCAAAUUUUCAGAAUACUCAGUUAACUGUAGAAAGGACCAAAUUAGAAGCUACUAUCUCUUAUCCCUUGGAGAAAUCUAAGGAAAUGCGCUAUUACACUCCUGAAACUUUCAGUGCUUAUCAAACAACCAUGAUGAAGUCUAGGAGUUUUAUAUUUGCCCAUGGAGGAAAAUUGGUUGGAGGGGUUAACAACUGGGCCACAGAAUAUAGUACCAUAUUGGAUCAAGUGGGCCCUUCUGCAGUUGAACAGUGGGCUAGUGAAUGGAAAUAUGAGGUUGAACAGGAACUCUCUCAGGAGCGUCCCCCAGAAUAUCCUGGUUUUGUGUGUGAAGCUGAAAGGCAGGCAGAACAAAAACCGGUACUGACAGAUACGGAAGAUGACAGCGAUGUUGGUGAAACAGGUGUCAGUGCCUCUUACUCUUCCACACCUGUUACCAACAAGGCUGAGACAGAAAAUUUAUUGUCUGUGAAACCAGACAGAACUUGUGGAUUCCCAUCUGUACGGUCAAAGAGUUUACACAGCCAUUCACAGAAAGGCAAGUCCAUGAAGGACAAAUUAAAUAGACCAGGACAUGCCAGCAGUGUAUCAAGCCUAGUGGUUGCCUGUGGCGGUGAAGAACAAAAUGCUAAGCAACAGUGUGCUUCCACUGAAACAGAGUGCUAA